AUGCCAUCAGAAUCACACUUCGAACAACUCCUCAACUUCGACAUCGAUCGGUACUUGAAUCCCUACAUCCCCCACAAUCGCCUUUACAUCUUCCCCAAACCCAUCUCACGAUGGCUCGGCUACCGCUUUGAACCCACAAAGGAGCCGUAUACCGUGCUCCAAUGGCCUAUCACCAUCCUGGCGACGAUCGCAGGCCUGUGUCUAGUCAGCGGAAUUGGCAACUAUGCACCCGGAGUUUUGGCAUUACAUCCACCGGUAAUCAUAGCGAGUUUCGGAGCCAGUGCGAUUCUGGAAUUCAACACGAUCAAAUCUCCCCUUGCACAACCGCGGAACGCAAUCAUUGGGAAUACCCUUGCUGCGAUAUGCGGCGUCGCGAUUGCCAAGCUGUUCCAACUGAACCCUGCUUUCGGCGAAAUCGAAUGGGUCUCUGGCGCGGUGGGGUGCGCUCUUGCAUCUUGGGUAAUGAGUCUUACCAACACCAUCCAUCCUCCCGGAGGAGCGACUGCGAUUUUGGCAUCUACGGACGCUAGCGUGAUUGCGCUGGGAUGGUGGUAUCCUUCGAUUGUGUUAUUGGACAGCGUACUGGUUGUGGCAGUGGCUUGCAUCUUCAACAACGUGACGAGGCAGUAUCCUAUGUAUUGGUGGACACCGCAUAAUGUUGGACGGAAGUUGAGACAGGAGAGGAGGGAAGAAAAGGGCAAACAGCAGGAGGAGAAGAAGGCGGAGGAGGGGAAGGCGGAGGAGGGAAUGGCGGUGCAAAAGUCAACUUCGGAUUCUUCGGAUUCUUGGAGCAGGUGUGUCUUUUCUUGCAGUGCGAGGCAUGUGUUAGGAGGACGCUAACCCAUCACAGCAGUCGUACGCUCCGAAGAGAACUCAGCAAUCGAGUCGAUUAUAUCGACGGGCUGGAGAACGUGCACAUCGAACCGUACCACAUUCAGCUACCGCAUCACGUCCGACUGAGUGACGACGAAAUCAUGCUCCUUGUGAAGGUACAGGAGCGCAUUCGGACGCAUGGAGAAGUCGGCUGA